UUUUCCCGGCGUCACUGGUCAAAUUGAUGACCGCAAUAUGUCAGCGACGGAUCAGAUUCGGGCUUUACUGGAUGAGUAUAUGGGGACAACUAGAGAUGGUAAGUAAUUUUUUAAAAAGUACAACAUAGUAUGUAUUGUAAAAUGGCCCAUGACUUAUUGCCUCAGUAGAUAAGGUUUUGUUGAGCUUUCCACUCAAUUUGUCUCUUCAUUAUUUUUAAGGUGUUCAUGAAUGUGUUUGUGCGGUUGAAUGUCAAUUCAUGACAAGAACCAAGAAUAGAGUUUGAUAAUCCUCGCGUCUGUAAAAGCUAUCUACUGGAUUGCUGUCCAAAUGAAAUCUUAUCGGGAACGCGGAUGGACUUGGGGAACUGUCUGUUCAUACAUGACCCAGCACACAAGGCAGAUUAUCGCAAGGAACCGGAUACGAAGAAGUUUCAGUAUGAACUUGACGCGCUAGAACAUUUGGAGGCCUUUAUUCGAGAUUGUGACCAACGCACUGAAGUAGCAAAGGCAAAAUUACGUGAGACUCAGGAGGAACUGACAGAUGAAGCCUCUCAAAAAGCUGAACACAUAAACCAGUUGAGCGAGCAGAUAGGAACAAAACUAGCUAAGGCUGAGCAGCUUGGAGCAGACGGUCACGUUGAAGAAUCUUUGAAACUUAUGAAAGAGGUUGAAGAGUUGAAUCUUGAGAAGGCUAAAAGUGAGGCUGAUCUGCGUACUGCCAUACCCACAAGUACAUAUCAACAACAGAAACUCCGAGUAUGCGAAGUUUGUUCCGCCUACCUUGGUGUGCAUGAUAAUGACCGUCGCCUAGCUGAUCAUUUUGGUGGAAAACUGCACUUGGGCUUUAUAGAAAUAAGAAAAAAAUUAGAUGAGUUAAGACAGUACGUCAGCGAAAACCAUAUAGUACGCCGUCGCAGAUUUGAAGGCUACAACCGCUCAUUAUUCGUAACAGUGGAAGAAAGACGUGACAAGGAACGUGAUCGCGAGCGCGAACGGGAAGUUGAGCGGAAUGAACGUCGUCAGAAAUCCCGAAGUCGUAGUCGGUCACGAAGUCGUUCGCGCAGUCGAAGGCAUAGUCGACAUCGUAAUGGCAAACAUUCCCAUAAAAGUAAGAAGCACCACCACCGCUCGUCAAAGCGAAAAAGUGAAGACCGUCAUUAAAACAUUAACCCUUGUAUAAUAUUGACUUUGAUUAUUAACCUGUAUUUAUUCCUUGUUCUUUAAAGAAUCGUUUCAGUAAAAACAUUACUG